CGCCAAACAGGUCAGCAUUUGAAACAAUGUCUCCCCAAACCAUGAAAAACACCACAGAUAGUCGCCGGUUUUUACCAUGUUUACGUCAGACUUAUAGAUUCCCCAACAGCAGCAGAUGGACCCACUAAUGCCGAUCAGUUCCAUGGCAGCCAGGUGGAAGGUGAAGUGGUCAGAGUGACUGACUGUGGAGGAGGGAGAUGUUUGUUUCCACUGCUGGAAACCACGACAGAGGAUCAGGACGGAGAGCGGGAGGACGGCUGAAACCAGGACCAGCCUCUUCUGAACAUGUCAGCCAACUCGUCAUCCUCACUUCUCCAGCCACAGCCUUCCUCCCUCCUCCUCCUCUUCUCCGUAGACCAGCACUGCUUCAUCACCAAACCGAGCUCCUUCAUCUUCAUCAUCUACAACGUUUCCACCAUCGUCUUCCUCCUCCCUCUCAUCAUCCUCGUCUUCUACGCCGCAUGGCAGCGGAAACGUUCCCACGCCUGGAGUCACUUUGACUAUUUCUCCUGCCACACCACCAUCAUAGAGAUAUUUUGUGUCAUUAAGCUUAUUCCUAAUUUUCUUGGCGUACGCACAAAUAAUAUAUUAGCGGUAUUUGUUGGAAGUGUUCUUUCAUCCUUCGUUUGGUACGGAGAAACAUCUUUUCAAGUCUUAACUUGUGCAGAUCAUUACCUGGCUGUGGUUCAGCCGCUCACCUACAGGAGCCUCAGGAAUAAAAGGGGAACCAGGAUCAGGAACGUCUGCAUCGGCUUCGUCUGGCUGCUUUGCUUUCUGAGGAUGGGCUUGUAUGUAAACAGUAAAACGGGCUUCAUUGUGGAUUUCUUCCUGGUGGUUAUUUCAUUGCUGAUCACGUUGUUCUGUAAUCUCUCUGCUCUGCGUGUUUUGAUCCGUCCGGGCCCAGGGGAGCCGGCCAGAGAGCGGCCUGACCGCUCCAAGCAGAAAGCCUUUUACACCAUGGUGAUCAUACUGUGCAUUCUGGCAGUGAGGUUUGUGUCCAGCCUCAUCUGGGCUGGAAUCUGUGUGACACACAUGAUGAACAAUGAAUGCUUGAUCAUGGCGGGAAUAAUCUGGUGCAAUCUGCCAAGCAGUCUGGUGCUACCUCUGUUGUUUCUGCACAAAAGGAGAAAGUUUGUGUGCUGCAAGAACAAGAAGUGA